AGUCUCUUUGUUUUAUCAGAUCUUAGUCUCAUUUGAACUGUGUGUGUUUGCAUGGUCGAAGUCCCUUUGUAUAUGAAAUUAGUUUCUUGUUUUGCCUUCGUGCUUACGGUCAAAUAAGAAACCUAGGGAGUUUUGAAAGUACGUGGGCACGAAGAAAGUUCUCUUCUAGAUCAAUGUGUUUUUCAUGGGAUUCUUUCGUUGGUCAUUUUGGUCAGUAAUUAGGGCUCCAAGUCGUGAACUGUAGCAAAUGAUGACCAAAGACCAAUUCUACAGCUUCCAGAGAAUGAGAUUAGAUGGCAUUAUAUAUAUGAGUUGGCGUCUCAAAACUGAAUGAAGACUAAUAUAUAUUCAUCCUGGUCGACAUUAGUAAUCGAGAAAGUAGAGACAAGGGUUGAGAUGGUAUCAUAGAUUCUUGGGCCAAUUCUCCAAUUUAAGGAUACUUAGAACAACAUCCUUUCCUGGUGACUUUAAGGGCUGGUUGGAGACAUGUUUGCAUCUUUGAAUUGUUUUGGUGGUAUGUUCAAAAGGGACAAACAAUCCCAAAAGACUGUUGGGGAAAAUGGAGAAGAUUUCUCUGUCGUUCGAGAUGUUCAUUUAUUCUCCUAUAAGGAUCUCAUACUGGCAACAAAGAAUUUUCAUCCAGAAAACAAGAUUGGUGCUGGGGGAUUUGGAACUGUGUACAAGGGAGUCUUGAAGGACGGUGCAAUGGUUGCAGUAAAGCAGCUUUCUGCUGAAUCAAGACAAGGCGUCCGUGAGUUUUUAACUGAGAUAGCUACAAUCUCUGCAAUCAAACAUGAAAAUAUUGUCACGCUGCAUGGAUGUUGCAUAGAAGAAGAUCAUCGAAUUUUGGUGUAUCAAUACAUGGAGAACAAUAGCAUUUCACAUGCCUUAUUUGGUUCCAGUAAUGGUACAAUAAACCUGGAUUGGCAAACAAGGUGCAAAAUCUGCGUUGGAACUGCCCGUGGUUUUGCAUAUCUUCACGAGGAAGUUACACCUUAUAUCGUGCACCGAGAUAUUAAAGCUAGCAACGUGCUCCUUGAUGGGGAUCUCAAUCCUAAGAUUGCAGAUUUUGGUCUGGCUAAACUUUUCCCAGAUAAUAUUACACAUAUCAGUACACGAGUUGCUGGAACACUUGGUUAUCUGGCUCCAGAAUAUGCCAUGCGUGGGCGAUUAACAAGAAAGGCAGAUGUCUAUAGCUUUGGGGUACUUGUAAUUGAAAUUAUCAGUGGCAGAAGCAAUAUAAACACAAGCCUAUCACUUGAAGAGAAAGUGCUUUUGAAAAUGACAUGGCAAUUAUAUGAGGAAAAUAGAUUGCUAGAGUUGGUGGAUCCACAGUUAGAGGAGUACUCGAAGGAAGAAGCGUUGCUGUUCAUCAAAGUCGCUCUUUUGUGCACUCAAGCUUUGCCCAGAGCCAGACCGACCAUGUCUCAAGUUGUAAAAAUGUUGACAGAAGGCCACACCUUUACUGAGAAGUCUAUCUCGCGGCCCGGUUUCAUAUCAACAGAUUUAAAAGUACUUCAAUCGCGUGACUCCUCAUCCCUAACAUCAAGGCUCGAAGAUGCAUCCACAUCCACAUCCACAUCCACAUUCACUUCAACUUAAAGAAGAGGCACAUUGACCUCCAUUUUCAGUAGUCUGUCGCAUCCUUCACAAGAACCCGUCUCUUAAUUUGUUUGUAAUGGUAAUCAGGAAUCAUUUUACCUUGAUUGUAAAGGGAACCUCAUGAGAUUUCUGGUGUACUGGUGUUUGGAAGAGAAGUUAGUGAUUUAUAUUGAGUUGUCGUGACUUGUUGUAACAUUCUAACUCGGGUUUUAGUGCAAUUUUUUAUAAUCAACAUAUUUUUUUAUUUA